AUGACUUCCCAAAUUGAAAACGGGAAAAAAUUUUCUCUUUGGAGCUCGUCGUCGUCCAUCCCCUUCAUACCCAAACUCAUCGGAACGGUUGUCGCUCGAAGCCGACCUAAGGACAUCUCUCGCCACCCAACGUCGCCGCAACAAAGAAAAAACCACCUUCGAGAAUCCAAAGCCCGCAAAGGAACGGUUAGAUCUGCUCGUGAUUUCUCUUCCUCUUUGAGAGCAAAGGAAAAGAAGCAUCGUCAACUAGUAUGCUUCGGAAAGAGAAGUCACCGAAAAAGAGGUCGUGAAGCCGACGAAUCAAUUACAUCUGUUUUGGUCGUGGAAGUGAGAGAAGUGGCUAAAGCAAUUCACGUUCUAACAAAAAAUGAAGUUGAUAUAGAUCAGCUUUAUGAUGUGGUGAUGAAGAUUACCGAUUUUGACGAUGGCAUAUUGAAUAAUGUGUUUGAUUACUUGGUACAAAAUGAAAGGUUGGCAAAGGCUUUUAUGGCAAGAAAUGAAAAACAUAAAAAGCUUUGGAUUGAAAAGUUUAUCAAUGAACAUGGUGGAUCAUCUACACGAUGUUAUGUGUGA